CAAAACGCUGGAUGGGUAUCAGAAGAAGAAAUAUGUGUGCAAACUCCUUUUCAUAUUCCUGCUCGGUCAUGAUAUUGAUUUUGGGCACAUGGAGGCAGUCAACCUACUCAGUGGAAACAGAUACACAGAAAAACAAAUAGGCUACCUGUUCAUCUCAGUGCUCGUGAGCGAGAACAACGAACUGAUGAACCUGGUUAUUCAGACGAUAAAGAAGGACCUUCAAAGUAGGAAUGCAGUGUUUAUCAAUCUGGCACUUCAUUGUAUAGCCAACAUUGGCAGCCAGUCCAUGGCAGAAAAACUAGGCAAAGAUGUACCAAAUCUACUUGUAUCAGCUGACACCAUAGACCAAGUGAAGCAGAGCGCCUCACUAUGCUUACUCCGUCUCUACCGUACAUCCAGUGAAUCGAUACCCAGCGGGGAAUGGACAUCAAGAGUCAUACACCUUAUCAGUGAUUCACAUAUGGGCGUUGCUACGGCAGGAUCCAGUCUCAUAUACGAUCUGUGCUUAAAGAAUCCAGAAGACUACAAAGGCUGCAUUCAGUUAGCUGUCUCCAGGCUCAGUAGAAUUGUUACAUCAUCAUACACAGACCUUCAGGACUACACAUAUUACUUUGUUCCCGCCCCCUGGUUGGCUGUCAAGCUCCUGAGAUUGCUACAGCUCUAUGGACCACCAGACGACCCAGCUCUCCGGGGUCGUCUCACCGAGUGUCUGGAAACGAUACUCAAUAAAGCACAGGAGCCACCAAAGUCCAAAAAAGUCCAGCAUUCCAACUCCAAGAAUGCCGUCCUGUUUGAGGCUAUUAACCUCAUCAUUCAUCAUGACAGUGAGCCCUCCUUGCUGGUGAGAGCAUGUAAUCAACUAGGUCAGUUCCUACAACACAGAGAAACGAAUUUGAGGUAUCUUGCGCUCGAGAGUAUGUGUCUACUAGCUUCAUCUGAAUUCUCAAGAGAAGCAGUCAAGAAACAUCUAGACACAGUUGUCACGGCCCUCAAGACGGAGCGUGAUGUAAGUGUGCGCCAACGAGCCGUAGACCUGCUUUACGCCAUGUGUGAUAAAUCAAACGCAGACCAGAUCGUCGGUGAGAUGCUUAUAUAUCUAGAGAAAGCUGACUACUCCAUUAGGGAAGAAAUGGUACUCAAAGUGGCCAUUUUAGCCGAGAAGUAUGCGAGUAAUUACACAUGGUAUGUGGAUACAAUCCUCAAUCUGAUUAGGAUUGCUGGUGAUUACGUCAGUGAGGAGGUGUGGUACAGAGUCAUACAGAUCGUCAUCAACAGUGAAGAGGUACAGGGUUAUGCAGCUAAGACAGUCUUUGAGGCCCUUCAAGCUCCAGCGUGUCACGAAAACAUGGUCAAGGUCGGAGGAUAUAUCCUGGGAGAAUUUGGAAACCUCAUCGCAGGUGAUAAAAGAUCCAGUCCACAAGUUCAGCUCAAUCUUCUUCAUUCCAAGUUCCACCUGUGUACUGCUCCAACCAGAGGACUUCUCCUCUCAACAUAUGUCAAGUUUAUCAACCUCUUCCCAGAGAUCAAACCUAUCAUACAAGAUGUACUAAGAAAUGAUAAUCAGCUACGCAACGCCGAUGCUGAGCUUCAACAGAGGGCGGUAGAGUAUCUUCAACUCAGUGUAUGUACUUCAGCCGAUGUACUGGCGACAGUUUUAGAGGAGAUGCCGCCAUUUCCAGAGAGGGAAUCGUCGUUGCUUGCCAAACUUAAAAAGAAGAAACCUUCCGCAGCCGGUCCAGGGACAGAAGAAAAGAAGAAAGGGGGAAUAGAACUCAAUAGUAUAGGAGAGAGCAGUACGGAUUCAUUGGAGUCAGCAGCGUCCCAACCCAAGCCCGUUAUAGCCACGGCCAUGCCGACGGUAGCUGCGUCGGCGAGCUCCGGGUCGGCAGACCUCCUUGGUCUGAUGGAGAGCCCCGCUGCGCCCCCUACCACUGCCCAGUCCUUCUUUGGCGAGACCCCCGCCGCUGCCCCUACCAAUAACGGCGGUCUGCUGGUGGAUGUCUUUGGGGCCCCUGCUGGAGGUGCCGCCCCCGUUGGAAACAAUCUGGCCCCUGAUGCAGAGGAGAGUUAUAGGAAAUUUAUUUGCAAGAAUAAUGGUGUGCUUUACGAGAGCGAUCAGAUGCAGAUCGGCGUGAAGUCGGAGUACCGUUUAAAUGCGGGCCGACUUUGUUUGUUCUACGGCAACAAGACGUCGUACCAGUUUGCUAACUUUGAAACCACAAUCAAUAAACUCCCGUCGUUAGAAGGAAAGCUCAAUAUCACUAUGGAUACUGUUCAACGAACUAUCGACGGUGGCGCUCAAGUCCAGCAAGUCAUUAACUUGGAAUGCCUCGAUGACUUUGAUGAGCCGCCAACGCUCAGCAUCAAAUACUCAUAUUUAGGAAGUCCGAGGACCCAAUCUGCUAAUAACGCCUUUGACAGUGUUGGUGGAUCCGUUCAGAGCAUGACCUUAAAGGUUCCCGUCAUGAUCUCAAAGUUCUUUCAGUCAACAAACAUGACAUCUCAAGACUUCUUUGGACGCUGGAAGCAACUCGGAAAUCCUGGACAAGAGUCACAGAAUAUUUUUGAGGCCCAAUUUCCGAUGGACACAUCUGUGAAUAGGACCAAGCUGAUGGGGACGGGUAUAGGACUUCUAGAUGGUGUGGAUCCCAACCCUGAAAAUUUUGUAGGAGCAGGCAUCGUCCACACAAAGAACCAACAAGUGGGAUGUCUGAUGCGCUUAGAACCAAAUCAACAAGCUAGGAUGUACAGACUAACAUUAAGGACAAGCAAACCUGUUGUAUCAAAGGUACUGUGUGACUUGUUCUCAACCCAGUUCUAGGCAGCUCUGUCCAGCCCAAACCAGUUAUAUCUGCUUCAAACCGGUUUUAGCUGGACAUCUUCAGAAAUAAGGUCAUUCCGAGUCAAGUUGUUUGUACUGCCUGUGAAUUAUAUACAUGUAUCGUAGCACCAUCCACAUCACCAAUAUUGAUUUAAUGUGUUCUGUGCUGAAUCUGGAUAUGACUGGUUCAACUUGCUUUAAACCAGUUUGAACUGGCUCCAACAUGCAUAAAACAUCAUGAAAACAACACAGAACUUGUUUGAUUUAUUUGUAAAUUUGGAAGGUCUCCUGUUUUUAAAAACGAAUUCAAAUGACUGUAGUGGUUUCAUUUGUGUUUCUACACUGCAGUACACAGGCAUGCUUAAUUAGAAUUAUCAUUCCUAUGUUGGCAUAAUAACAGCAAUAUUUGAUAUUCUGAAGAGAAACUGAGUGAAAAAGAAAUAUCACAGGUGAAAUGUAGUAUUUGUUAGACUUACAAAUUUGUAACCUUUAUAGAUUUAUAGGAUCCUGCUUGUGGCAAGAGCAAAAAACAAUGACCCGGUUUUAUGUGAGUGAAGUUAAAAAUCAAGUCCUAGAUAUUGACAGUGUGCAUGUUUAAAUUGAGAAGCAUUGUUCAAACUUUUGUCAGCUGAGAAGGCCCAUUCACAGCUAGAAUACAGAAAAAAACAACACAUGGAGUAUAUAUUGUAAAUAGGAAUUAAGAAAUGUUGGAUAUUGUGAUGUAACAUUUUGAAGAAAAAAUAAUGAAAUAUGGACAAAAAAAAUUAGAGGCAAAAGACAGAUUUAAUCAUUUUUGUACCCUAUCUUGUGUUUUUGAUAAACUAUUAUACAUGUUGAUGUUAUGUAUGGUUUGUGUGUACGCUAAAGGUAAAACUUCAAACAUUUGAACUCAAUGUAAUAUUUAACCUACCCCAAAUCCCUUCUAAGAUUAAUGUUUUAUUAAAUGUAUCUUACUAGCGCAGCAAUAAGAAUGUUAUUAGAACAUUUCCAUUGAGAAAUGUAAUUCUCCUGCUAUAAAUAUGAGGUUAAACAAUAGAGGGCGACACAUCCCAUACACUGCGUAGGCAAGCACACGUGCACAUGCUUGUCGAGUCAAGAUUAUUUGACAAAGGUUUUAAAUCCUGCUUCUCAAGCAAAUAUGUAGCCAUGUAAAAUGAAAUAACCGAUGUCAGGAUAUGUGAUGCUUCGGUCACAUUUCCCCUACGGCGGCCCUAUUGUGAAUUGAAAAUGGCCGUCUUAUUCAAACCACCUAUAUUUAGCUGGUACAAAAAAUGUUAGAAUGGCUGUUUUCUCCUCGCAUAGAGGAAAUGUGACUGAGGUAUUUAGGUUUGUGAAAUAUCAAGGCGAUACCAUUCGAACUGUGCAGGUAACAUGAAAAUUAUUGCUUUUCUCGACUUUACAAUUAUUAUUGGCAACAGGAAGUGUCUGGCCUAUCCAGCGUAUGGGAAACGUCGCCCUCAGGUUUUAAAUAUUUUAUAUACGGGAGGAGGGAGAACUUGAUUAAGAUAUUAGAAACUGUCUCCAGCCAUUACCUUAGUUUAUUUGCCUGCCCAGGAAGCAUAAAUGCUGAUUAGCAACUUAGCUAGCAAGCAGCUAUAUGACCCAUUUACUUUACAGCCUUUCCUAAGGGCCUGAUCAUGAGGAUUCAAUUUGAAUAAAAUAUUUUCGUAGAGUGAACUCUGUAUGAAGAUCUUAAAAUGGAGACUAGAAAAGUGGUCUUACAAGCUGGUGGUCUUUAUUGAUAGGUCUGCUUCAGUAGGGAAAGUUAUUCAAAGGAAUCAAAGCUGGCAUAGGAAUUAUUGAAAAAAAAAAUUAAACUGCCAUAUUUGAUCAAAAUUGCCCAAAUAAAAGCUUAUCAAAAAAUCACUGAAACCUCUUCUUUGCCAUAAAUAUGCUUUGAUUUUUUAAAAAUAAAAAUCCUUCCUUAAAUUAUAAGUCUAAAUUUUAUGUUUGAUUUUAUCUAAAACUGUAAGUCUUUCUCCUUUAACAGGCUUUGAUAUUAAAAUGUAUUUUUUUAGUCUCUCAAAUACUUUAGUUUAAUGCUGUAUGUCAAUAUUCUGUCUGUUUCAGUGGUAAUUCAUAUGAUCAGUCAAUCUAGUAUAGUUUCUAAAUGUUUGAUUUUUUAAACUCAAUUAAUUAAACUGAAUAUUUAUUGUACUGAGAAGGGGGAAAACCCCAACAUGAUUGUUAUGUGAUGAUGACAAUGUUUUGUUGAAUAUGUGCUUUCAUUUAUUUUUCACUAACAAUGUUUUCUACUCUUGUGUUUUAUCAAUCACUCCCUUGUUUGAUUAUGUUGAUUUAAUUGUAGGAGUAUCUUAAUACAGCAGCAGUUUCAUAACAAUUAACAUUAGGGUAGAGGACAUCAGUGUAAUCAUGUCUGUAAGCAGUAAAUCUCAAGUGGCCUAUCUUAACAUUUGUUUUAAUUCCAAAUGUAACUUAUAUGAGACAGAAUUGACCAGAAAUGAAUGCUUCAUAAUACAAUUUUUACAUUCACAUUCAUACAUAGGGUAUAACAGUUCUUCCAAAAAUUGACUCAUAUCCACUACAAAGUAUUAAAUGGAAUGGCAUAUUUUCGUAUCUCAUUUCUGCCAAAGAAUAGAGUUACUGUACAUGAAUACUACCAAGUACAGGGGAAAAGUGAUGUGGAUUUUUUUCUGGAUGGGGAUUUUUGUCCUCAGUUCUUACCAAUUUAUGCAUCAAAUUAAAUUGCAACUUAAAGGGGUUCUGCAAAUUAUGAGAGCUUUUUGAAAUUUUGUUGACAUUGCUCCUUGUCUGGUGUUUCUUGCUGCCAUUCUGGCUUUCUGCCGCUUCUUUUCAUGUCACUUAAAUUUCAGCGGCUUCUUGAAUUUCCUUCGACUUCAUACUUUUAUAUAAAAAUUCUCACAAAAGCUUCAUGGCUCCCUUUGCAUAUGUAUAGAAUGUACCCUUUUUCAUCUACAUAUGGACUGCCUAUACAUGUAUAAGUGCAACACUUUAAAUGCUGCUUUCAUUCUAUGGUGUCCAUUCGUUUUCAUUUACAGCGUUGUAGUUGUAAGCUGCGCAUAGUCGUUUCGGGCUUUAUGGAGACAUGAUUGUUCCCCCCCCCCCGUGAUGAGUUUUGAUAAAAAAGACCAUUCUUACCGUUCAGUUUUGAAAACUGGAACCACAACUGACUUAUGAAUGUGUUGAGGAUAUUGCGUCCUACUUGUGGAAAAGGAUAGCUCUGUACUUGUGUAGACCAAUGUCCUGUAAUGCAAAGGUUAGCGAUUAAUCGUAUGCUUGAUUUUCACGAUUGAUUGUACAUUGUAGUCAAUGCAAUCAAUCGUAUAAAAAUGUUCUACGAUCAUUGCUAAGCUUUGUGUUACGUGCCCCUGGGGAGGGUUUUCAUGGGAGGUAUCUUGUCAAGUUUUUUUCGCUAACAACUUUGUUGUGAGCCAAUCAGAUGCAAGGAUUUUAGUAGCUUGUAACAAUAGUCACCCAAAAUAAUUUUUAGUAGAAUGCUUUCCUGAUGUGAUGAAUAUCAAUUUAACUUCUUUUGCGCCACACACAGGAUAUAUCAAAUCAAGUUACGUAAAGUGAUGAUCAGACUCUUACUGUAGUUUUGUUAAUCUUGUACAAUCUCAAAAGUAAAACAUUUUCAUGGAUUGAACAUGUGCCCCUGAUAGAAAACAAUAGAUUUGGUGUGUUACACAAUUUGAUUCCUAUAUAGGCCUACUAUACAUUUCCUGUAGACCCUGGCUCCGUUAUUCUUGGGUACCCUAAAGCAUUCAAUUGUUAAUCUCGUUUGAAAUUUUUAAUAUUCCCAUCAAAUCUUGAU